UCAAUCAGUCGAUUGACGAUAGUGUACGAAAAUUAUUUACAAAAUAAAAAAAAUCGCUCUAUUCUAAAGCAAAAGCUAAUCUUUUUAACAAUAAUGAAAGUGUAGUCCUCUCUGAUCUGAAAUGUGUUAAUGUGUUGCAUUUAUCAACAAUGAAUCCUUAUAAGGAUGUCGAAGAAAGUUCCUUCUCAACUUCUCCUCACCUAACUUACGAGGACAUUGCGACGAAGCUCCUAAAAGAUCACUUCUUCUUAUCGGCUUUGGAGCUGCAUACUGAGCUAGUUGAAAGUGGCAAGGAGCUGCCACAGUUACGAGAGUUCUUUUCAAAUCCUGGGAAUUUUGAGCAACAUGUUUCUCGUGCUUCUGAGUUUGGAUCAAUGCACCGGACACCAAGUCAGGCUACCUUGGACUCCUUGGACACUGCACGCUACUCGGAAGACGGAGGGGGCGAUCGAGGUGGUAGUGGAGGUGACUUGGCAGUGCUGGAGUUUGAAUUAAGGAAGGCUCGUGAAACCAUCAACUCACUAAGGGCCAAUCUGACGCAGUUUGCUGACGGAGAGUCCACUUUAGAUAAAACAGCUAAAGAUAAAUUUAAUCAAAGAUCAUUGAAGCCACAUGAAAAAAGAGCCUUGAACUUCCUUAUCAAUGAGUAUCUUUUACUUCAAGAUUACAAACUCACAUCCAUCACAUUUUCUGAUGAAAAUCCUGAUCAGGAAUUUGAAGACUGGGACGACGUUGGCUUAAACAUGCCCAGACCAGCCGGCCUGGUGUCUCUGUUCUGGGGCAACACAGCUCUGAACAUGCCCAAAGUGGAUGCCAGUACUCAAGUGGACAUUCAAGUAAUGGAUAUUGACAGCCAAACUGACAUUGAAGAAGGGAAUGUGUGUGUGAGCUGCCAGACUUCAUUGGAUGUUGACACUGAUUGGAAUCAUGAGCUAUUAAUCCAAGCAGAAGAGAUAGAGCUACUAAAGCAGAAAAUCAUAGCAUUGGAGACUGAAAAGCUGAACUUCCAGAAGUUGUAUGAUGCUGCCAUUGUCAGCUUAAACUCCCUAACAAGCCCUACAUCAGAGAACAAGGGGUUAGACUUGCAAAUAUCCGAUGAAAAGCUGUUGUCAGUACAAAAAGCAGAUGGGAGGUUGGAGCAGCCGUUAGAUAAUAGACCGUUGCCUUGCACAGCUUCUGAGAACCAUUAUGGUAGUGGUCAUUCAACGCACAGUGUCACUCCGGAACAGUUUGAGAUGAUUGAUAGCGAGAAAAAUAGUGUUGUAAGAAAAGAGGGUUCUAACACCAGCUCCUUCGACCCGGUGCAAAUGGACAGCGUGCGUGACUCGCCGCUGCGGCGCGGCAGCGUGACUACCCUCGACGAGACGCUCAGCAUCAAUGAUGCGGGCGAGUGGACCCGCGUGCAGUACGAGUAUGGCGAGAACACUUGCAAGGAGAUGUGGAUAGAUAGUGGUCUACCAAACAACUUGAAGGUGUCGAUUCUGAACUGGUGCUGUGAGACGCUCAGCUUGAACGAACCACUAGCCAACGAUUUGCUCGCGGAACUUGUGACAAGCGACAAACCAAUCACGCUGCCUGGUCUUCUCACCUUAGUAGCUGAUACAUUGCCUCGCAUAAUGCCCCACACGCUCGUAGCGCGGCGAUGUGAAGCGGCGGCGCUAUUAGCCGCGGGCGCGGCGCUAUUACCGCCAGGAGAUCAGAGGCGCGCGCGCGUAUUACACACGCUUCUCACGCUGGUUAAGAAGCCUGAGCCGGCGGACACCAGAGCUAUAUGCGAAGCCACGUGUCUAAUCGUGAAGUGGGGCGGCAGCGGCGAAGUGCUAUCCUCCAUAGCGGAACUACUAGCAUCGAGAUCCACUGAAAGGCGGGUGUUAGCCAGCCAAAUAUGCGUGGCCAUAGCCCCUUACGUACCCAUAGAGUUAUGCACGUCUCUUCUACUUAGCCUAGUAAUGCUCAUGUGCGAAUCAAACGAACCAGACAUAAGGGGACUGGGCUUGAAAUCCGCCUGCCUCAUCUGUCCGGUGGCCGAACAUAAGUACGGACAACUAGAGAAUCUCAUGUUCAACUUCUUGAAAGAUCCUUUAGAGAGGAAUGUUAAGGACACAGUCAAUAUCUUCGUUCCAGUUCUGGCGAGGAGCGCUUUGAUUUUAGGAAAAUUCUCUGGGGAACUUUUUAGUCGUAUAAUAACGAAUUUAGUCAAAUCGAGUUCCGACAAUGAGUGGAAAAAUGUUAUUUUGUAUUUGGAUGUUAUGCGCGCGUUAGUGUUAGCCAAGUUGGCCUAUGUGGUGAAUGUACAAAUAGUUAGGGAAUAUACUGUGAACAACUGUGAUAUGCAACCGAUUAAUUUACAAGAAGUGCCGCUAGAGGGCGACCAGGAAUUCUUCAUAGAUCUGCAGUGCUACGUCACAGAGAGUGAUCCGAAGGCUUUGUUGGUAGCCAUGAAUAGUUUAAUUAAGGAAAAACCUGAAGUGAGAUGGAACGAAUUGGAAUGGUGCAUAGGACUAGUAAAACAAAUUAUAGAAGUGGGUAUAAAUAGUAAAGCAUUGAAUCAUCCAACGAUUUACGAAUCACUAUUAUCUUUAUUUAUCAGUUAUGUAGACCAUUUCGGCGUGAACUUUACUGCUUACAUACUAAAGCCUAUUUUCACCAAUAUCGUGGCGGAUUUGGAAAACAAAUUGGAAAAACUGCACAGUGUCAAUAUAGAUAGCACGAUUGUUGUAGGCGUGUACUUAAUUGCAAUUUUGCCGGCACUUGAGGAUAAAAGUGGAGAAUUUCUGCAGAAGUGGAUAAUGUACAGUAGCAUAAGAGGACUUCCCAUCAAAAUAUUCGCAAUACCCAUGAAGUGGGUGUCGAAACAUCGACCGGAUACGCUCGACUUUUAUUUGCAACAUCUCAGGGAAUUUUCUGCCAGUAGCUGCGAAAGCUCAAGCGGCAGUACCGUUAGAGUAUACAUCGCAAAUCUUCUCUCCGAGCUUCUAAACCUAGCAGAGGUGCGCGAGACUUGCAUCGAAAGACAACUGCUGCCCGCUGUCAUGGCGCUGCUACAUGAUGACGAUGUCUCAGUGCGCGAAGCAGCGAUGACGCUAUGGGGCAGCGUGACGCGGGCGUGCAUGACUCGCGGACUAGCGUGCGAUGCGCAGUGCUGGCCCCCCGCGUAA